AUGGAUCGGUCGAAGCCCGUGAAGUACGGCCUCGAGAUUCGCCGCAAGCCGCAAAGCCAUCGCCCUGCGACGGCGGCGAAGCCGUUACCACCCGUGCGAGAUGCGAAGCUGCAAACGCUUUUCGGCAAUGAUGACGACGACGAUGUGGAGGCCGAUAUCGCGAGGCAGAACCUCAAGAAGCGAAGCCAGCGUGAGACGGAGCAGCAGCACGAGGCAGCUUCCAAGGCGCCUUACAACUCGUCUCAUUUUAUCCCGUGCGCUCUCCUACCGCCGCCCUUGUUGUGUGUGCAGACGGAGCAGCAGCACGAGGCAGCGAUGGCGGAGGACCCGUCAGUGUUUGACUACGACGGGGUGCACCUCAAGCAGCAGGCCAUGGCGGAGGAUCCAUCAGUGUUUGACUACGACGGGGUGUUCGACCACAUUCGCGCCGCCAAGGAUUCCGUGCAAAGACAGGCCCGCUACAUUCCAAACCUGUUAAAGACGACCAAGGAGAGGGAGAAGGAGAAGGAGCUGGUGCAGGAGCGGCUGCUGGCGAAGGAGAGGGCGAAGGAGGAGGAGGAGUUCGCGGGCAAGGAGCGGUUUGUCACGCGCGCUUACCGCGAGAAGCUGGUGGAGCGGCAGCGAUGGCUGGCGGAGGAGAAGAGGAAGGAGGCUGAGGAGGCGGCUAACGAUCAUAAUUUUGAUUUCUGCUUCAACCCCUCUUCCCGCCCUGCUGCCCCUUUCCUCACUUCCCCUCCUCCUCCCCCGCCCCUUUCCCUUCCGCCCCAACCUCCCUUUUUGCAACGUCUACUCUUCAUCUCUGCUUUGCCCCCCUUUCCACCCUGCCAUUCCCCCCUUCCCCCCUUGUUCCCCAUUACCCCAUUUCCCCCAUUCCUUUCUUCCCCUUCCCCGCUUUUUCCCCUUUCCCCCUCUUCCCCCCUUCCUCGUCCUUCCGUUCCUUCCCCCUCCUGCCCCCACGUCUCCUCCAGGGGUGAUGUUGCUGUGCGUGCUGCUGCUGGUCCCGGUGCGAGCAGGGGGGAUGGCUUGCCUCUGAGAAGCAGCCAGGAAGGUGCGGGCGAGGAUGAGACGAGACAGGCUGGUGGAGUAGGGCGUGAGGGGGGUUCUGCUGGUGGGGGGAAUGGUGGUGCUGGGGUUUCUGGUGAACAUUCUUUGCCAGGUGUCAGAAAGCCAUUGGAGGGUGGUGAUAGUAAGAGUGUGAAGGUAUCAGCAGAAGACAAGGUGAGUGAUGCUCGUGCCCGGUUUCUCGCGAGGAAGAAGCAGAAAAGCGUUCCAUGA